AGCUCAGACUGCACCAGGCUCUGAUUCUGUCUGAUUGAACUUUAGUUUUAAAUGUAUAUUAUUUACUCUUUUCUGUAACUUUGUUUGUCCCGUUUCUGUUCAUGAAGAAUAUCAGAGCAGCUGAUAGAGUUAUUUUAACCCUUUUAUCUUCUUAUCUGCAGGGAAAUGCUUCUGAACAGGAAGCUGUCAGGGAGCUCCAAGCUACAACAAACACACACACACACACACACACCCUGCAGUAGGCGUGAAGCUGAGACUGAAACUUACACUGAAAACCCCAAACAGCACAACUGCAUUAAAUGAGCUACAAGCAACACACACACACACACACACACACUAACACACACACACACACGCACACUUGAUCUCAACAUUUCACACAUUAACUUUUCAACAGAGUGUUAGCAAGGGUGAGUUUAAAUUCUGUUUGUUUGUCCCUAAAACACAGAAACAUCUGUAACACACACACAAACACACGCAAAUGCACACGCACGCACACACCUAACAGGAAACAAAAAAUGGAUUAUGCAAAUGAGAGGAGAAAAAACAGUUUGAGGAGGUGUGACAGAGGGAGGACUGAGCAGAAACAGGAAGGUGUGUGUGUGUGUCAGCGGCUGAACGUCAGGCAGAGACACACAUCGUGUUUGAAUGUGUUUUCUCACAGUGUUGCUGGCUGUAGCUGUGUGAGUGUGUGAGUGUGGGGGUGUGUGUGAUGUCUGUAGAGGACCGGCAGUAAUCUAACGGUCAGAGAUGGAUCUACAUCAGAGGACCAGUCUGGAUAUCUCCACCAGGAACCCUGAGGAGGACUUCGAGCUGCUGCUGAGAGUCGGAGGAGGGACGUACGGAGAAGUGUUUAAGGCUCGUAACAAACAGAAUGGAGAGCUGGCAGCCAUCAAGGUCAUCAAGAUGGAACCAGAAGAUGAUUUCUCCAUCAUCCAGCAGGAGAUCGUCAUCGUCAAGAGCUGCAAACACUCGAAUAUAGUAAAGUACUAUGGCAGCUACAUCAGGGCGACCAAGCUGUGGAUCUGUAUGGAGUUCUGUGGAGGAGGAUCUCUGCAGGACGUCUACCAUGUGACCGGACCGCUGUCUGAGCCUCAGAUCGCCCUCAUCUGCAGAGAGAUGCUGCAGGGUCUGGACUACCUGCACGCACAGAAGAAAAUCCACAGAGACAUCAAGGGAGCCAACAUCCUCCUCAACAACCAGGGAGAGGUGAAGUUGGCGGACUUUGGGAUCUCAGCUCAGAUCACCGCCACGCUGGCUCGCAGGAUGUCCUUCAUCGGGACUCCAUACUGGAUGGCUCCAGAGGUGGCUGCGGUGGAGAUUAAAGGCGGCUACAACGAGCUGUGUGACAUCUGGUCUGUAGGGAUCACAGCUAUAGAACUGGCUGAACUACAACCUCCACUGUUUGAUGUUCACCCUCUGAGGGUACUGUUUCUGAUGUCUAAAAGUGGAUACCAGCCUCCCAAACUGAAGGACAAGUCCAAGUGGUCGUCCAUGUUUUAUAACUUUGUGAAGGCGAUGUUAGUGAGAAACCCAAAGAAGAGACCGAGCGCCUCCAAACUACUAUCAAACCCGUUCCUGACUCAGCAGGGUCUGAGCCAGGACCUGAUUCUGGACCUGCUGGAGAAAUACAGACACCCUGAGAAGCUCAAGUCCUGUCAGCUGACGGAGGACGAGGACAUGGAGGUGGCUCUGCCUGGGUCUCUGAAGAGGAUUCAAUCCAUCAACAAACACAACCGAGCAGAGAGGACAAGCUCUGACAUCAGCUUGGAGCAGAUUUACACUCGCAGGCCGGUGAAGAAAGAAUCUCCAGAUGCUACGUUAAGACCUUUGAUGGGACCCAACAAGAGUUCAGUCAGGGAGCAGCAACAGGAGGACUUGGACUCGGACUCGGACGACUAUGAUGAUGUCGACAUCCCGACGAUUCAGGCCAACACUUUUAUCAUGCAUGCUGACGAGACGCCUCCACCACUGCCUCCAAAGCCCAAAGCUCGCAGCAGCUCUGAGGAGAGCGUGGCGGCGGAGGAUGAGCGCAGGAAGCCCAGCUCGCUGCACGCCCCCUCCCCCUCCCCACUCAUCAGGACGUCCAGCGGGACGCAGGUGCGCCCAACGCCACAGCCCCGCCCCCUCCGCCACUCAGACCCCGCCUCUCUCCCUGAUCAGCUGAUCGAUGUUCCUCCGGAGCUUCCUCCUAAAGGAAUCCGAAGACGGCAGCCGCCCUCAAAGGAUCCUGCAGAGUGUGUCAGCCCCGUCAGGAAGAAACCUCCUGUUUACUUUAAAAAGAUCUUCCACGGCUGUCCUCUGAAGAUCAACUGCUCCACCACGUGGGAGAACCCCACCAGCCGAGACCAGCACCUGAUCCUGGGGGCCGAGGAGGGGAUCUACACUCUGAACCUGAGCGGCUCUGAGGCCACCAUGGAGCUGCUGUAUCCAGGGAAGUGCACCUGGGUCUACACCAUCAACAACGUCCUCAUGUCUGUGUCAGGUAAAUCCUGCCAGCUGCACUCCCACUCUCUGAAGGAGCUGCAUGAACAGGCUCGUAGAGACCAGAGGAUGGUGUCUCUGCCUACCCACCGGCUACUGCCCAGGAAAUCUGCAGUGACAAGUAAAAUCCCUGAUACCAAAGGCUGCAAGACCUGUGCAGUGGCAGGCAGUGUGCAGCGGGGCUGUGUGUUCCUGUGCUGUGGUUUGGAGGCCAGCGUGGUGCUGCUGCAGUGGUACGAGCCCAUGCACAAGUUCAUGCUCAUCAAGCACUUUGACUUCCCACUGCCCAGCCCUCUGCGUGUGUUUGAGAUGGUGGUGGCGCCGCAGCACGAGUAUCCUCUGGUGUGUAUCGGAGCCUCGCGAGGCUCUGCCCCCGACCUGCCCGUCACCGUGGAGUACAUCAACUUGAACUCCAACACGUCCUGGUUCACCAGAGCCGGCCUCGAGCGUCCAUGUCCUGACGUGGUCCAGGUGACUCAGCUAGACAGCAGCUCUCUGCUCGUUCUCUUAGAAAGGGCGGUGCACAUUGUGGGUCUGGAUGGCGAGCUGAAGAGCAGCCGACCUCCGACCCACGAGACCAUCUUCAGUCAUGAUGUCCAGUCCGUCGUGUACUUCGAAGACACACUGCUGGCCGUGUGGCGUCAUGGCUGGCAGAGGAGAGCUCAGGGCUUCAUGGAGGUUCUGGAGGAAACCACAGACAGGAGGAAGAUCUACAGGCUUGUGCAGUCAGACAGGAUGGUGGUUCUGGAGACGCGUCCCUCUGAGGACCAGCAGGGUCCGUCCAACCUGUCCAACCUGUAUGUCCUGGAGGUGGCUGAGAACUACGUGCUGCUGCCCUGAGCCUCGUCUGUCAGGAGUCUGAGAUGCGUCGCCACUUUUAUUUAUGCUGAUAUGAACUCUGAGACAGACGAGAGAUACUGAGGGAUGCUGAGAGACGCUGAGGGACGCUGAGGGACGCUGAGGGACGCUGAGGGACGCUGAGAGACGCUGAGAGACGCUGAGAGACGCUGAGAGACGCUGAGCUCCUCCUCGAACACUAACAAGGAGCAGCUUCUUGCGGGAUUCGAACUUGCGGCGUGCAGAGCGGAGGGGGCGGAGCCAGAUGCUGGACAGCUACGUGUUGUUUCUUACAGAUAAAAAUGUACAUCGUUUGGUUAAAACAUGAGAAAAUAAAACAGUUUAUUUUUGGUGAAAUGUUAAUGAGAGUAAAGUUAUUCUGAAGUCCAACAUGAUGUGUUCAGGGACCGCUGGAGAGAAGAAAGUCACAAAAUAACGUGAAAUUGUACAGUUUCAUGAUUCUUUUUUCAAGAAAACAAGCUUUUCAAACCCAGCAGUAUUUCAGACAUCUGAUCAAUGUAAAAACAGACAAAUAAGAAAAAUAUGU